AGUGAAGUAUCCGCCUGCGAAAAUCCGCAACAACUAUAUCCGCUCGAUUGGUUCACAUGAUAAAAUAAGUAAGCCGGAAAUAUGUUCCGUACCCACUAAAGGAUACGGCCAAGGAAGGAGAUCAAAACCGGAGGCAACACAUGUCAAUAUUUUUUGAGGUUUGGAAGACCUGUUUAUGGACUACUUGGCGCGCCUGGAUACAUUUCCCAAACGAUCCGCUAGAAGGCCUUAAUUAAGACUACCAUUCAACUCAAAGGACCAUAACCGCUUGGUGUUGAUGAAAGCUUCAUAGGACAAAGAACGACUAUUCUCUAACCGUGAUCCUUCGGGAGAACCCCUGCAAGGCCCUGAAAACUGACCAUAAUAAUUCGAAGCCUCGAGGGUACACUGAGCUGGUGAAGUACCGUUUAUGCCUUCCUGUCUCAGCGUACGUGUGGAACUUUCUGACUCAUCAUCCGCUUCCAUAUUCUAGCUCUUCUUUUGUAUGAGGCCGCUGAGGAGGCACGUCCAUGCUGGGAUUGCAAAAAUGGAACAAGGUAACAUCGAUGGGAACGAGACAGGUGCUAGUCAAUAUCAGCAAACAAGUAGGGGCAAAACAUGUCUACGGGAUGUUCAUCGAUGAUGAAAAGGGUUAUCCAUAAUCAGUAAGAAAAAAAAGACUGCAAUAUCCUUAAAGGAUAUCGACUAACAGAUUUAGACAGUGGGGCUCCGAGUCUUUUUAACUCGAGGCCGUCACAGAAGGACAGAUUACAGCCUCCUUGGCCAUCCCGAGCCCCAUGUAUUUUCCAUAAAAAAUCUGGCACAUAUGACGACCCAGAAGAGCACGCCAGUUUUAAGAAACUGCUAGGUUUAAGAAGAAAGGCUGAAUUUAAGACACCUCAGAAAUGAACGAAAGGCCCUUUAUUUAUCGUUAUCAGUUCCUUUAACUGCAAACAGCCGUAAAUGAGUAUCAUAUUUAAUGAGAAACCAUGUAACACUAACAUUCUGCCUAAGAUAUCAAAAACUUAGGCAGAUAGCUAGAAAUGAUACGAGUCCGAAUCUUAUGAGUGUGGUCUACUAGAUCAUAUAGCAAAAAAAUGCCAAAGACACCCAAGUGGAUAUGCAGCAUACUCAGCUUUGGAAAGGAAGGAACUACUGAAGCUUUUCCGUUAAAGAAUAGAAGGUUGUUUCUAGUCAUAGUUUUGAACGUAGAAAUAUUUUGAACCGUCUAUGGUGGAACUCAGUUCUAGACCCGUUAGCUAGAAAGUAUCCUCAUAUUAUACCUUAGGUUUGGUACGUUUGGUAUCAAGGUAUUUUGAACGGGCCACCCUGAGCAAUGGGCUACCAUCAGGAAUUCUUCAACAGGCCGUCUUGGCCGCCUUACUAUGGAACUUAGUAUAUAACGAUGUCCUAAAACUGAGAAACCUCUUACCAAAGAUAGCUUUUAUUGUAUAUGCUAACGACUUAGUACUUACCGUAAGAAUGUGUUCGCCGAGCUGCUAGAAGUCUAUAUGGUCCUGCCAGAUGUAGCUCGGUCGAUGGAGGCAAGUUGACUCAUUCUCGGCUCAGCAAAUAAUGCGACGAUCGCACUGACCGGGCAGAAGAGCCGAUUACAAACUAGAUUGCUUCUAGAUGGAAAAAAAAAACGAAAUGUCCCUUAUUGCUAAAUAUCCAGGGGGAUGAGAAGAACCCGACAUUCAAAUAACUAAGAAGAAAGCGAUGAAGGCAGCAGUUAAGCCUGCAAGAAUCGUGACGAACAUCACUUUUUGUGUCAGUCACCAAAUCCAUCAUCGCCUGAUCCGCUGGUCUGGUUUUGCAUCUGCAAAGAAGAUAAAUCCAACCGACUAGCCAAAUCUUACUCGUUUACGGACUCUGCUAUUUUUAAAUCUUAGCAUUUUUGAAACUUCUGUUUGGCCUACUUUCGGCGCAAAGUUUAAAUCCUCCAGAGUGUACUGAAACAUGGAGUAAUCAACUCCGCUAAAAUGACCUGUAAACGGUCGUUUUUUUGGAACAAUAGCUAGCAUACUGCUGAACUUUGAGAAGUAGAUGCAUAUGAGGAAUGAAGUGGAGCAUGAUUUAAAGGAUGCUUUUGAACGUCUCCCGGAAUUUAUAUUUUCGCGCCACACAAGUGUUUCGGGAUAUUGAUUAUAUUCCUGCGUUUAGACAUGCUGUACGACAAGUAAAUAUUCGUCAUGGUGCUAUAAAUGGCAAUUUAUCUAGCUUACCACUUGCCACGUACCGAUAUUUCGGGCAAAAAUGUUUUAAUAGACCAGUUUCAAUUACCUAGCCUAAAACUAUUCUAUUGUUCCGAAUGAAAUUUGCUGGGUCUUCUGAAGUUGCUUCUUUGUGUAUUCUGUAGUUAGUUUUUACUCUUUUAACCGCCUCAGAUCUUUAUUGUCGCAAUAUUUUAUCUCUGAUAUAUAUCCUAUUUUAUGAUGAAAUACCUUCGUCCACUCCAUUUGAAGCAAAUAAUGAGGUGCUCGAUACAUAAACCUGUACACUCUCACCGGAAAACCGGAUUUCGUCAGACUGUUGUGAAAUUUCAGCUCUGUAUAUAAUAAGCCUUUUUCCUCAUGCACCUCUUUACAAUGCGCGAUAUGACACUGCGGCUUUUGGAAGGAUGACCGGCUCUUUAUGUGAGCUUAUAUCGUAUAAGAAGAGUGAGUGGCAAAGCGGCAAUGUAUCUGGUAACCGAACCAAAUAUGGCUUUUAAAAACACCCACACUGUGUAUUUUUUUUACAUACAUGUUAUUUCAGUCUACAACUACUCUUCGAAAAACCAUAAUAGUAGGCAGAUGUAUAUGUAGGCGGAUAAUCUCAUAAUCAACAAUAAGACCGGCAGCUUAUACCAGGAGCUUUUCUUAGUGAUUACGGGACAUAAGGACGGAAUGGUUAUUUCUCUUUAUAUUUCAACGAUCACUGACUGAGUCGCGUUUCUCCACUGAAGAAAAGGAUGUCACUACAUACGUUUUAAAAAGUGUCAUCCAAUAAGAGAUCAGAGUAAAGAAGCUUCUGAGAUGCUCAUUGCGGGCCUAUCUGAACCUGCUGAUUUGUUAACUUGUACGUUCUCCAGGGCUUGCAGACCUUCUUACAAUGAAAACUCCUAUCCAAAGAAGUCGCACUUUUUCUUGUCUCUAAUUACCUUAGUAAACGAUAGUAUAUAUACCCUACAAGAUAUAGGAACAUUAAAGUGAAGUACUCCACCUGACCGAUUUAGUUCAUUAGACAUAUGUUCAACUCGGUCGCAUUUGCCAUUAAUAAGAUGUUCCGCUAUGAGCCAGCUCUCAAGCCUUCGCAGGUAUUUCUUUCGUUAUAACGCCUAUGUCGUAUAUCAUAUGAUUUUGAAUGGGGCGGUCAGAAGCCAAAAAUUUGGUAGAAGUUUGAAGCUGUUUUGAUUUGUCCAAGUUACAUGACAGUAUCAGUUAAGCAAGGGGCUAGGUUUCCUGGAUGCAGCCGAUCGCAAAGGUAAGUGAACGAUUUCAUUACGAUGGUGUGUGUAUUUUCUAUACUGAUGAUGCGAGAAACUGAAAAGACCGUGAACCUGUUAAAGAGGCCUGCUUAUUUUUAGGCGGAGCUAUAGGGCUUGGCUUCUGGUUGUCCGAGCGAAAACCCUUCGCAUCACGCGGAUGCUAUUAUAUUACUAUUAUACUCCCGCCUCUUUCCAAUGAGAAAUUAGAAAUGAGAUCAAGAGGGAGUACCGUGUGCAUAGAUUACCGGAAAAUUUCCCUAUUAAGAAGCAUCUUGACUCAGAUUUUAAUGUAGACCGUAAGAAAAACUUAGCAAUUGGCUUAAGAAAAACUAUCGAGGUUCCUAGAUUACUUGAGGAUUUUGACGAUAACUAACCGAUUCAGUACCAAAGACUCGGACCAUUAGCGAGGCAAAAAGGAGGAAUCAUUAAGCGGGCGGCGAUACUCUAAAAUCUAGAGACGGGAAAACGAUGUAUUAAGAAACUGAGGAGACUAGUGCGGCCGAAUGUUACAAUACCCUCCGGAGUUGAUACAUAAAGUCUUAAGUUAUUUCGUUAUCGCUGUCUCCUAAUCGUCAAAUUGAUUUAUCAUCUAAAAAGGCCGCCUUGUGUUAUUUAAGUAAGUAUAUAAAUAAGCUUAUAAACUAAUUCAAGUUGAGACAGUCUCUGGGUCUGCAUAACUCCUGCUUUGAGACUCAAAUUCUAAAAAAAUAUGUAUAUGUAUGUGUGUGAAUUUGGACAAUAAGCUUGAAACAUAGAUAGUUGCACCUUUUAAUAUAAUUUUCUACCAACAGGAUUUUCAGCUCAUUGAUUUCAAAAGCAACUCUGCGCAACGAUCAGUGCAAAUACUGGAGCCAUGCUCCCUGUUAGCGUGACAGGUUCACCCCCGGUUAUCUCACACCUUCUUGAGGACACGUCGUCGUCAUCGUUACUACAGCCGCAAGAUGAACCUCCAAAGAGGCAACAAACAGGUGGUUACACCACGCAACAGAUCCAAAAGAAAAUACAAUGCGGAGUGUACCAUGUCGUUCUUAAGAGAACAAGUGACGAGAAGAGGAAGAGUGUUAUAUGGGAGACCUUCGGUGAGAUCCUGGACCAGGACAACAGUCGCAUAGCAGAGCAUGUGGCUUGUUCGAAAUGCCACAAAGUGUACCGGUUUCUGCCCCAUAAAACAGGCACGUCAAAUAUCCUUAAACAUCGCUGCCAGUCUCUCCUCCAUCUAAUGCCGUCAGUGCCACCCGUUGGCUCUUCCGAAUCAUUGCGGGCCGUUAAGCUACGCCGCAAGAAAGAUCCACCAUCUUCUCGAAAGGAUAGAGAUAGGAGUUCUCUAUCAGAGGCAGCAGCGCCAUCUGCCAGACCUGGAACGCCCUCCAGCAUCGUCUCGCCAUGCAUCAGUGAUGCUAACCAGAGGCAGCUACGAUGUAUUAAAGAGACACUAACCAAGGAGACAGUAUGCUUCGUAUGCUCGGACCUUCUGCCUUUAGAUGUAGUGUUCAGGCCUGGCCUUUCUGGACUCUUGCAAGCUUGCGUCGAUCUGGGGGUAAAAUACGGACAGUUUGAAGUAGCGCAUACAAUGCCUUCUCCAGUUGUGCUUCGUCAAAGACUACGAAUCCUUGCUAGCGAAUGUCGAAGAAAGCUUUCCGCCGAACUCAAAGGGCUUCUCAAUACGAUCGGGGGAUCACUCUCGUUACAGUAUCCUAGGGACAUUCUUCGCUGGUCCAGAAAUGUGCCGUGGGUGCGUUCAACCAACUCAGAAGGUCAGAAAGGCAACGAGAGGAAGCAUUCUGCUCUACCAAGAAGCGUAGACCGAAUUUCCUCGGAGAUCAUGUACGGCACAUUCUACAACUGUACCUGGAAAGAUCCAGAGACGAAAGCGGAGCAUUUCAUUGUCACACUUCACUCGAUGCAAAACUUCUCGAAGGUUACCAGGUGCCUUCGUAUGGCGGAAUGGGAUGCCGAAUAUCGUCUUACGUGUGACAACAUGGUUGGCGUUCUCUACCAAACACUUAAGGACUACGACUUGCAUGACUUCUUUCACAGAUUAGUGUAUGUAACAGACCAGGACUCGGAACUUGUGACAGCAUUAGGCACAGCAACUCGUCUAAGCUGCGUUACAUCAGCAAUCAAUGCGGUCCUCGAGUUCACACUUCAAGUAGACAACGCCGACGUCGCCUCCGAUGUAUAUUGUCUGUGGAAUUACUGUGUCAUACUCGUCAGUCAUCUACAACGGACAAAUCUACAUGAUCUUUUGGAUAACCCAAUUUAUCGGCCAAAAGACACAUCUUGUUGGGUAAACCGGCUCGAGUUCCUUCAAAGCAUUCUCUCACAGUGGGGACAGAUCACCAAGGCACUGGGUACGACUGACGAAGAGGCUCAGUACACGUCGCCAAUUAACAUUUCUCUUUUAGAAGAAAUCGUGAAAUUCAUCACUCCUUUUCGACAAGCGAUACGCGAUUUGUCUGAAUCCCGAAAGCCAACGUUACAUCUCGUGGUUGUUUGGUAUACACGCCUUGUAAAAGAAAUGCAACCAGAAAAUACAGACAGUAUUCUUAUUAACACUCUGAAGACGCAUGCAAGAAUGUACCUUAUGCAGAUGGAAGUUCAUCAACUGCAUCGUAUUGCACUAUUUCUUCAUCCGAAAUUGAAAUCUCUCAAACUACUUCAAGACGACGGUCUAAAGUUAAGCGUACAGGCAGAAGUACGAUCCAUGUUGUCCGCGCAGGUGAUCAAUUGCUACAUGGAAGCCAAUACCACCUCAAAUCAAGUUACGUUACAAAAGUCUUCUACAGCAGGUGUACCGACGGUUAAUGGAGUCGGAGCUCGUCGAAGUACUGGGGGUCUUUUGACUCUGUCAGACCUAGAAGACACAUCCGACGACGAUGGAUCCCAGUUCGACUCAGAUGAAGUCAACAAGUAUCUGCUACUAAGAGUGCCCAAGACACCUGCAGGCACAGAAUUCGAUUUGCUCAAGUGGUGGGCUGCCCAUGAGCUUGAAUUGCCCAGGCUAUCCCGCGUGGCCCAGUUCGUUCAUUCGAUCCCUGCAUCCCAUCGGAGUCGAGCUUCCCUUUGUCCAGCUACUGUCGAUUACCCCGAGCUUGCCGAUGACAUGAUACUUUUGAACACUUGUAUGGUGUAAGAAAAGCAAAGCAAAUGGUGUAAACACUACUAACGUCACCUAUUGGGAGUGUAAAUGUGGUUAUAAUAUCUUAAUGUUUUUUUUUCUGUAACAUUUUUACGAAUGUUAAUCAGUUUUAGCAAGAUGAUCAAAGCUAAAAGUAUGUAUUUUGGUGCAAAAAAAAGUUUAGACCUCUUACUAGAAGCUUACUUAUAGCAAAUUGGAGCGGAGUACUUCCUUCAACAGACGAAUUGUUAAUAAUAAAGGCCUCAAGCGUAGUAAAUAAUACGACAAGUUAUU